AUGGCACCUAGCACUAGUACGACUUUCGAUUGCAUUGCGUCACACAUCCACAUAGUCCGCAUUAGAAGUGAACGAGGAACAUUUCGAAUAGAAAGUGAUCCAAAUGAUGACAUUACAAGUUUAAAGAGCAAGAUUGCUCGACAAUUAAAACUCUCUGAUUCGAUUAGAAUAUUGAUAUCUAACGACCCUAAACCCUCCACCGCAACACCGAUAUCAGACCUGGUUGGAAAAACACUUGAUCAGCUUGAAGUCCGUUGCAAGCAUUCGAGUAAUGGAAUGUGUGAUUAUUGUAUGCCGUUAGAGCCGUACGAUCUGAAGUACCUUGCAGAAAAGGGCAUAAAGCACAUGUCAUUCCACUCAUAUCUUUGCAAGAUACGUAAAGAAUUCAAUAAAAACUCCAGAAAUGCGAGGUUUAUCCCACCGCUAGAGGAACCUGAUUUUCGCGUCAAAGAGAAUUGUUCUGGAGGCCAUGCUCCCUGGCCGGAGGGUAUUUGUACUUCAUGUCAGCCAGGCGCUAUUACUUUACAGCCUCAGUCAUUCCGUAUGGUAGACCAUGUGGAAUUCUCGAGUCCAUCGCAUAUUGAGGAUUUCAUUAACUACUGGCGCUCGACAGGGUUACAACGUUUCGGCUACAUGUACGGAAGAUACGAACCAUAUCCCGAUGUCCCUCUAGGCAUUAAAGCAGUCGUCGAAGCUAUUUAUGAACCACCACAGGAGGGUGAGGUUGACGGCAUCAGUUUAACACUUCCGUGGAACGAGGAAAAGACUAUUGAUGAUGCAGCGGAUGCUUGUGGUUUGACAAAGGUUGGGAUGAUUUACACAGACCUAACGGACGAUGAAACAGGUCAAGGCAAAGUAAUCUGCAAACGACACAUCAAUUCCUACUUUCUCUCUUCUCAAGAAUGCUGCUACGCUGCCGCAAUGCAAUCCCGCUACUUCAAUCCUACGCGAUAUUCACCAACCGGUAAAUUUGGAUCAAAAUUCGUCACAUGUAUUGUAUCUGGCAAUAAGGACGGUGGCGUUGAUGUCUCCGCAUAUCAAGUAUCAAAUACCUGUGUCGCAAUGGUGACAGCGGACUUUGUUGAGGCUAGUGUUGAUCCGGGUAUCGUGAGAGUGAAAGAGAGCACAAACCAGAGAUACGUGCCUGAAGUGUUUUACAAGUAUAAAAAUGAGUAUGGACUCGAGGUCCAAGAGAGUGCAAAGCCAUGCUUUCCCGUCGAAUAUUUUCUUGUUAAUGUGACUCAUGGCUUCCCAUUUAAACCGAAUCCGCUUUUCACAUCCUCAGAUGCAUUUCCAAUUGAAAAUCGAGAUAAACUUGGGAAACAGGACCUUAAAACUUUGCGGCGUCAUCUUGCAAUAGAUCGAGGCGGUAGUAAACUGAUAACUGCUGUUUCAAACUUCCACGUGCUGGCAUAUAUUAAACAACUCAAUCAAUUGGAUGAUGACGAAUUCAGCCAAUUAGUAAAACUGGCAAUAUCUCAUAUUGAAGCAGAUGCAUUCGCGCUAGUUGAGAUGCCAGGAUGGCAAAAAUUGCUCGCUCUCAUUGAAAGCGGUCAAGAAGCUCGAAAAUGGAGUUGUCAACGAUGUACUUUUGAUAAUCCAUUAUCUGCAAGUGUCUGUCAGAUUUGUGAAUAUCUCAAGGAAUAG